GUUAGUUAGGUAUAGAUUUAGGGUUUAUGGCAUUGAAAUUGGUAUUGAAUUUUCGGUUUUAAGUAUGUUGAAUUUAUAGUAUAUGAUGUUAUGUCGUACUUAUUUUGCAGGUUUAAUGGUGUUUGUGAGUUUAUAUUGGGAUGGGAAAAUUAUUCAGCUCCCAGGUUUGGGUGUUGCUUAUGAUCCCCCUCGUGCAAAAUCAUUCAUUAUAUUGAAUGAAAAGAUAUCUUAUUAUCAGCUUGUUUCAAUGAUAUGUGAAAAAAUUAGAAUUGAGUUGGAUGCACAUACGAUUGAUUUAACAUGGAGGCAUCCUGUGGUUUUUAGUGGAGUGGUGAAUUAUAUAGCUACACCAGUGGAUGCUAAUUUGUUGGAGUAUAUGUUUGCUGAAAAUCCACGUCAAAUUGAACUUUUUAUUGAAUAUACUCCUGUUACCACUGCGUUGCAAUUUGAACCACCUAUCACUCAUCAUGAUGUUGGAACGUCUAGGAGGGAUGAUGAAUAUCAUAGCUUUGAAUUCAACACAUCUGGGAGGGAGGUUGAUGAACCACUAGAUGUACCAAAUGUGACAUGUGAUGGUUAUGAUGGUUCAGAUGGUUCUGAUAAUUGUGAUGGUGCAGAUAAUGUUGAUGGUGCAGAUGGCUCUGAUUGUGAUGGUUCCGAUGGUUCUCAACCAAGUGAUCUUGAUUAUAGUGCAGAAUCAUGUGAAGAUCCUACAAACGACGAGACACUUGAUAUGAUGGUUGAGAAUUAUGUACAACCAUCUGUUCGUGGGGAGCAAUCUGUUCCCGACUAUGUGCCUGAAGGGUUACUAUUUUUUCCCUCAUUACCAUGUGAAGGCAGCCGAGGUUACUUUUCAGAAGACCAUGGAUUGGUUGAAGAAGAUAUGUGGUAUUGGGAUGAGGAUAAUCCGAGACAUAUAGAUGUGGGAACAAAAUUUGAUAGCAAAUUGCAGUUGAAAACUGCUAUCACAUUAUGGCAUGUGGGAACAGGUCGGAUGUAUGAGGCAAGGACCUUGGGCAACGCUACCCAUGUAAUUGGGAGGUUAAAGCAGCGUUUAAGAAACGUGAUGGUAGCUGGUCUAUCAACUCAUGGGUUGAUCGUCAUUGCUGCAUGGGAGAUCACGAUCCAAGUGAACAUGUUAAUCUUACAUCAUCCAUGAUUGCUCUCUGUAUUCGAAGUCAAAUUGAAAACGAUGCUGAAUUCAGGCCUUCUGCAAUACGUACAUAUAUCAAAGAUAAAUUUCACGUGAAAAUCAGCUACAAGAAAGCAUGGUACGCUCGCCGAAAAGCUAUUGAGCUUGUAUAUGGUGGGUGGGAGGGAUCCUUCAGACAACUCCCCAGCUACCUGACUGAGUUGCAAACUCAAAAUCCGGGGACAAUCGUUGAGUGGUUGCAUGACCCUGUAUUGAGUCAAGGUAAUACAAAGGUGUUCCGCUACGUAUUUUGGGCAUUUAGGCCAGCAAUAGAGGCGUUCCAAGUAGCAAAGCCGGUCUUAUCAGUUGAUGGGACUCACCUGCGUGGAAGAUUGAAAGGUAAAUUACUUGCUGCAGUAGGUUACGAUGCAAAUAAGAACUGUUUGCCUGUUGCUUUUGCUAUUGUUGAUGAAGAAACAAACAAGAGUUGGAGUUGGUUUUUGAAUCUUGUGAGAGUGCAUAUUAUAAAGCAUGACCAGGAAGUGUGCAUAAUAAGUGACAGACAUCAAGGCAUUAUAAAUGCCAUGAAGGUUGAUGUGUGGAAAGAGGCACCAGUUGGUUAUCAUCGAUUCUGUUUAAUUCACGUUAGAUCGAAUGUGUUACAAAGACACAAAGGCCCCGGAGUGAAGAAAUGGGUAUGGAUAAUGGGUGAAGUAAUUGAGGAGCGGAGAUAUUGGACUGCAAGGCGUGAAUUAGAAAAGGUGAGUCCAGAAGCUCUGAGGUACCUCGAAACCACCAUAGAUAGAUCGCAGUGCACUAUGGCACACGAUGAAUUUCGUCGAUGGGGUGAGACAUCUACUAACAUGGCCGAGUGUUAUAAUAAUGUGUUGUUAUCUGCGAGGGAACUCCCAAUUAGAGCUAUCAUUGAUAUUACAUUCUGGCGGACCAUCAAUUGGUUUGUUAACCGAACGACUCUAGCCAAACAAUGUCAGACGCCUUUGACACCGUGGGCUUGGGAGUUAUUUCAGAAGAAUGACCGCCGAGGGAGACGUCAUCAUGUUAGGACUACAAGCACAGCACGUGGAACUUAUGAUGUGCUAACCUAUCACAGAGGUCCGGGUAGAGGCCAUAAUAUACAUGUUGUGGAUUACCGUGAAAAGAGAUGCUCAUGUGGAAAGUGGCAGACCUGGAGAAUGCCUUGCUCUCACGCUGUUGCGGUGCUGAGAGAACGCAGUGAUGACAUCUUUAGUCAUGUUGAUACACGAUACCACACAGAUGUUUGGAUUCACCAGUACGCAGCUGCGUUCCGUCCACUGAGACACCAAGAUUAUUGGUAUGAACCUGAAUGGACACUGGAAUGUUCACCAGCACGGCUACUGCCUCGUUCACGUGGGCGGUACAACAGAAGCAGGAUACACAACCAAAUGGAUGAGCGCGAAGAAGAUGCGCCAAGAGCUCCUCCUCGAUGCCGCCUUUGUGGAAAGACCGGCCAUAAUAGAAGAAAGUGCACUUUAGGACGUGUUGUGUAGUUAAAUUAUGUUUGAGACUCGUGAUUGAGGGUUGAAUUUUAUUAUGUGUUUGAACCAAGUUUAAA